AUGGCGCCCUCAGCAACUGAAACAGUUACUCUUCCAAUCCAAGUCAAAAAACCUACAAAUGAGAAAGUUACUCGCGAUCAACUCGGAGACUAUAAAGAACUUUCCCCAACAUCAUUUGAUAAGGAAGCGGAAGAGAAAGGAGUUGGCAAAUUUGCUGCUGCAUCAUACCCACAUUAUCUUCCAACAUGGGAUAAUGUGACGUACCAACCCCUCGAGUCUUUCGAGCACAGAGACCAUGGACUAGACGCCGAUACAUCUUAUCCAGAACUACUUGCACCAGGCGUGGAAGCAGUCGAAUUGACACCGGCGAUGGGCACCGAAAUCAAAGGUGUACAAUUAAGUAAACUGAGCAAUGCCGGUAAAGACCAAUUGGCUCGAUUUGUCGCGGAGAGAAAAGUUGUAGCUUUCAGAGAUCAAGACUUUGCAGAUCUACCGAUUGCAGAAGCCCUCGAAUACGGCGGAUAUUUUGGACGACCACAUAUUCACCCAACAUCUGGUGGUCCAGCCGGACAUCCCGAAGUGCACAUAGUACACAGAGCAGCUGGUGACAAGACAGCUGACCACUUCUUCGAGACUCGAACAAAUAGUGUAGCGUGGCAUUCAGAUGUCACAUAUGAGAAGCAGCCCCCGGGAACAACGUUCUUAUACGUUCUUGACGUCCCAGAGACUGGAGGAGAUACUCUUUUUGCCAAUGGUGUCGAAGCAUAUAACCGACUCAGUGAUGCAUUCAAAGAGCGUCUGCAUGGACUCUCUGCAACACACUCUGGAAUCGAGCAAGUGAACGCUUCUCGCUAUAGGAACGGCAUUGCUCGAAGGGAGCCUGUUGUGAACGUUCAUCCUCUUAUUCGAACGCACCCUGUGACUGGAGAAAAAGCAUUAUAUGUUAACAAACAGUUCACUCGAAAGAUUGUAGGGUUCAAACAAGAGGAAAGUGAUGUGCUAUUGAAUUUUUUGUACGACCACAUCGCACUCGGAGCCGACUUUCAUUUGAGAGUCAAAUGGGCCCCGAAGACUGUGGUAGUAUGGGACAACAGAGUGGCAACUCACACAGCUCUUGUUGAUUGGUCGGGCGGAGCUCGUAGGCAUCUCGCACGAAUCACACCGCAGGCUGAAGCGCCAUACGAGACGCCUUUCAAGGCGUGA